UUCGCCAUUGAACCAGACCGGAGGAAGAGGAGGAGAAAGGGGAGAGAAAAGAGGGUCGGGACUCGGGGGUUCCUCAGGAAGGAAGGAAGGAAGCAGCUGAUCGGGGUAGCGGGCUGCAAGCCCUCGCUCGCUUGCCUCCCCCGCUCCAGCCAGCCGUCCAGGGUGGGCGUCCCGAAGGCACCCAGGAGAGGCUCCUCUCUUGGACCGGCCCGGACUGAGCCCCGCGCAGCUGAUCUGACCCCAAGAAAAGCCUCCUAAUGGUGCAGUGGGGAAAUGACUUGAUUGGCAAGACAGAGGUUGCCGGUUCGAAUCCGCAGACUAUGGGAAACACCUAUAUUGGGCAGCAGCGAUAGAGGAAGAUGUUGAAAGGCAUCAUCUCAUAUUGCGCGGGAGGAGGCAAUGAGAGAAACUCCAUUUCCAGAUCAGAAAUUCCUGAAGGCAAUGGCCUUGAACUGCUGUGGACCACCAAGAAUUGUAACUCAUCUGCCUCUAAGUAACUUUCAUAAACCCUGAAUAAUUCUCUUGGAAUUACUAUCAGACCAGCCAGGAAGGCAGACAUCAGCCCUGUGUGUUAUUGGCAAGACCAGAGGUUUAACAGAAGGGUGUUUGCCUGGAAUAAACCUUCUGGCAGGGUCAUUGCCAGUUCUCAAAUUCUAGAUCUGCAAGCGUUGAUCAGUCGAGGAGUGAAAAUGUUAAAAGAGCAAAUGCUUGCAGAAACCACACCAGAAGGAGCAAGAAAAACAGACAAUGUAGUUCAGCGUGAACAUACAACAGGCUGGAAACUGGAACUAGGUAAGGGGAUGCAAGAGCGCUGGGAAGCCCAAUGGCAGGAAUUCCUGAAGACAUUGCAGCCGAUUCACACAGGAUGGGGAAACCAUGUGAUGACAGAGACCACACCGUGGAAUGACACCAAGGCUUUUCUGGCCUCCUUUGAGCAUGUUGCGGAAGCCUGUCGGUGGCCUAGAGGAGAGUGGGCAGCCCGGCUCCUGCCAGCACUUAGUGGAGAGGCGGAACAGGCUUUCAGCCUCCUAGAAGCCAAAGAUAAGGAAGACUAUGGGAAAGUGAAGGCUGCCAUCUUGAGAGGGGAUGCCAUGAGAAGGGAGACACAGCGCCAGCACUUCAGGCAGUUCUGCUGCCAACAGGUGGAAGACCCACGGAGGGUUUGCAGCCAACUGCAGGAGCUUUGCUGCCAGUGGCUGAAGCCAGAGAAGCACACGAAGGAGCAGAUCCUGGAGCUGCUGAUCCUGGAGCAGUUCUUGGCCAGCCUGCCAGAGGAACUCCAGAGCUGGAUCAGAGCAGGUGGGCCAGACAGCUGUUCCCAGGCCGUGGCCCUGGCGGAAGAUUUCCUGAUGAGCCAGAGAGAGGCAGAAACAGGGAAAUGGCAGGGUUCUAUGAAGGAGGAGUGCAUCAUGGAUUCCCUGGAGGCAGAGGAGGAACCCUUGGAUGCCGUGCAGAGCCAGAUCUACAAAGAAGCCAAGCAGAACGGCAGUAGAAUGCUGUGUCCCGGUCACUCCAGUUCAUCGCUUCCUCCAGAAGGACAGGAGAUGACUGAAGCUGGGCUAGCCAAGGGACUGAUGAACCUCAAGGAGACGGAUGUGUCUCUGCACAUGGUUGAACAGACUCCAAUACAUGCAGGCCAACAGACUAUGUUCUGGCAAGUCCUGCAGGAGGAUGGUGGGAAUGUACAACCUCUGGAGGGGCUUCUGGUUCCCAAAUCUAACAUCACUUCCCACUCCCCAAAAGAGGAAGAACUGUUCAUUCAAUCCCCAGAGGAAAGUGAGAAAUUCCUAGGCCAAGAUUCAGGUGAAGGGCAAAUCAAGAUGGCGAACUAUCAACGUGGAGAGACUUUGCUUGAGGAAACGCCCAGGGUGUGCAUAGGAAGAUCUCAGUGGGAUUUUCCUAUGACAUUUGGAAUUUGUGACCAGAGAUGUGAGUCUAGAGAACAAGGAGAGAGAUCUGUGAGGAGAGAAAAUGGAUCUAAUGAGCUUGCUGAAGGACUUACGGUUGCCAUUAGCACAGUGCAAAUGGAAGGAAAAAAUACCUUGUCCUCCAAAUACAACAGAAAAUACCUCUCCAAAUCAGGACUUACUAUGACACAUAGCAGACAGAACACCUCUGAAUGUCCCAUGUUUGGGGAAAACACUGAGCAACAAGAGUACCUCAAUAAGCAUCAUAGAAUCCAGACCAGUGAAAAACAAUAUGAACUUCCUCAGUGCAGGAGAAGAUUCAGUUGGACAGAUGAUUUGAUAGGACAUUGGAAUAGCCAUGUGGGAGAGAAAUCUUUGGACUGUCCUAAGGAUGGAAAAAGCUUUAGAAACCGAAAAGUAUUAAAGAGAGAUCAAGGAAUUCAAACAGAAGGGAGACGAUAUGAGUGUACUCAAUGUGGGAAGUGCUUCAGACACAGACAAACUUUGACCAAACAUCAGAAAAUUCAUACGGGAGAGAAAUUGCAUGAAUGUCCCGUGUGUCGGAAAAGCUUCACUUCUCGAGAACCAUUAAUAAGACAUCAGAGAGUUCAUACUGGAGAGAAACCAUACGAGUGUUCUCAGUGUGGGAAAUGCUUCAGACAGAGAGUGCAUUUGAUGUGUCAUCAGAAAACACACACAGGAGAGAAACCUUUCAAAUGUCCUGAAUGUGGGAGAAAUUUUUCUCGGCGAGAUAAGUUGAUCAGGCACCAGAGAACUCAUAGGGGACAGAGACCUUAUGAAUGCCCCAAAUGUGGGAAGAGCUUUGGUCAGAAAGCUACACUGAUUAAGCAUUGGAGCAUCCAUGAAGAGCAGUGAUAGAAUUUAUAUCUUGUGAUCUGUAGCAAUUUUUUUCUUUGGAGGGCCACUUGGAGAGAGUCAGGGGCCUGAUUUUUAACACCCGCUAGUCUGGACUGCUAGCAGAUUUUGUUGUCACAGAAAACCCAAAGGAAAGGCUAAACCCUCGGCUGGUGCUCAGAAAUAUAAAUCUAUUGUGAGGUAGACAAUAAAAAAGUAUAUACUGUAUAUAACAUGGUGUUAUUUGACAAG